GCCGAGCAGUCCGCAUCCAGACGUGCAGCGAUCGAGUCGUCGUCCUCAAGAGCAAUCGAAACAAGAUCAAGUUGUUUUCGAGGCUUUUCGUUCGUUUUUCGCGCUUUCGCCCGUUUUCCCCCGUUUUCCAGUUCCACGAGAGUUUCCCAGUGCGCGCGCCCGACAGCAGCCCGGAAACGGAAACAGUGCGCAGGUGACACGUUAACAGUGCGUCCGUUUUCCCAGCGACCCGGCUUUUGUUUACGCUCGGAAUUUCUCUCGGAAUCGGGGUUUUAAGGAUUUCGCGUGUUCUCGAGCUUCUUCACGAUGGUGCAUCUUCAGAAUUCGUGUGGGAUCAUCAAUCGCGCCUGAGUGCCGUGCAUCGCUUUAAGGUGGAUUGUGAACGCAAACCUUUCCCGCUCGAUCGAGCCCCUCCCAAGCACAGGUUAAAAGCUAGCGGGGGUAGCAGUCGGUCUGUGCGAGAGCUAAGACGUCACAACUACAAGGCGUCUGUUCUGCCCAACAAGACCGGUUCGUACCUGCACCGCGCCCGUAGCGCCCGGGGAAUGAACAUGGGACAAAAAGUCUCAAAUGGAGUCAAGACAGUAAACCGAGAAAACCCACAGCCAUACAAGCCCGUAAUACCAAGGGAAUUGGCCCAAGACAUUGCCCGGCCAGCUAGGUUGGAUAUUCUACUGGACAUGCCCCCUGCAUCACGGGAUGUACAACUCAAACAUGCCUGGAACUCAGAGGAUAGGUCUUUAAAUAUAUUUGUUAAGGAUGAAGAUAAAUUAACAUUCCAUAGGCAUCCUGUAGCACAAAGCACCGAUUGUAUCAGAGGGAAAGUAGGCUUCACGAAAGGUCUCCACGUAUGGGAAGUUUACUGGUCUUCGAGACAGCGGGGAACUCAUGCUGUUGUAGGAGUUGCAACGCAAGAUGCCCCUCUUCAUUCUGUAGGAUAUCAGAGCCUUGUUGGCAGUAAUGACAUGUCAUGGGGUUGGGAUUUAACGAGGAAUAAAUUAUACCACGAUUCAAAGAAUGAGUCUGAAGUGACGUAUCCUGCCCUUCUCAAACCAGAUGAAACAUUCAUCGUACCCGAUAAAUUUCUAGUUGUCUUGGAUAUGGACGAAGGAACUUUGUCUUUUGUUGUUGAUGGGCAAUAUUUAGGAGUGGCAUUUAGAGGUUUAAAAGGCCGUAAAUUACAUCCAAUUGUCAGUGCAGUUUGGGGCCAUUGUGAAAUAACUAUGAAAUAUAUUGGCGGUCUAGAUCCUGAACCUUUACCUUUAAUGGAUCUCUGCCGGCAAGUAAUUAGGCAACGAGUCGGAAAAUUUGAACUGGAAGAAAGAAUACAAUCGUUAAAUCUACCGCCCGCUCUCACAACCUACCUCUUAUACCGCGACUGGCGGUAACGCAUUUGAUCUCACCUAAGAAUUCUGAUGCAGUCUCUGCUUUCGAUUUAUUUUUACAAUAAUUUAAUUUUUUGUAUCAUAUCCUUGUAAAUAUAUGUAUGUGUGUGUGAGAACAUGCAUCCACAUAUAUAAUAAAUAAUUCGCAUUCGUGUAUAAUGUAAAUUUUUCCGACUUGAAUUCCAAUUCAACACUUUUCUAUUGAGUUUAGAUGUACUCUUUUAUACAUAUGAACAUCUUUAGGAAAUGUGCUGUUGUUGUAUGUUUUUUUAUCAUUGUAUAAGUGACAUUUGUUGAAGAUUCUUUUCUUUUUAUCCUAAUACUUCUCUAAGUGAUAUUAUGUCGCUGAUUUUGAAUUGCUAGUGAUAAUUACCUCAUUGUUCUCUAUUUUUUUAUGCUGUUUUUGUUUACUGAGUGUCUAGACAAGUUUGCAGCAGAUGUUUUCUAAACUUAAAAAGUGUGUUCCACUUUUCCAUAUUUAUUCUCUUCUUAUCUCAAUUUUUCAUUAUUUAUUCUUUGUGUUUCUAUUUACCUCUAGGCAUGUGGAACAUGCUGUAAAUAUUCGAGGCUCAAAAUAGGUAAAAGUGGAUAAGUUGCUCAUCAAAGUUUCGAAAUCAUUUUCUCCAUUUGUUUCAUUCUUGUUUAUGAACGGCACAAAAUUUAUUUUCAUCGAUUGCCCAUCAAUACCUCUCAAUUGCUUUUUGUCAAAAGAAUUUUAAACAAAACAUUUUCAAGUGUGCAAGCAUUUUUAUUAUCAGUCCAGGGUAGCUUGCUCUCAAUUGGACUACACUUUGCACUAAAAAACUGACCAUUUCUGGCUCAUUCACAAAAGCAAAUAUCUGCUUAGGGAAACUAGCGGCACAUAAGUUGUUUUUUAAAUGAGCUAGAAAUAUCUGCUACUCAUUGUAAAAUGUAGUCCAAUUGCAGUUCCCUGUAUUUUCUGUUCUCAUUGGUUUCUCUGAGAGAAAAUUACCCGAAAAAGUUACAAAAAUUCAAGUUUUGUCCAUUCAAUCUUUGUGAAAGUAAUUAUCGUUUCACAUGGUUUAAUACAAGUAUUGCUUGAAAUUUCUGAUAGGCAGUUGCACUAAAGAGCUAGAAUUGUUCGUUAAAUCUUUUAUGAAUGGAUUUAAAGCCAAUCAUGAUAGAUCAUCUGAUUACCGAUUCAUCUUACAGUUAAUCCACACCUUACGGUAAUAGCUCUGCUUAUUUUUCUCCAACAUGAGAAUUUAUCAUGGAAUGAUUGUAGAAGAUUCUAAUAAUGACCAUUGAAUCAUUGCCCUCUAUUGUGAUAUGUAUCACUAUUUAAUCUCAGAAAAUUAUUCCUUCUUUCUGUAUUUUAUCUAGAUUAAAAAUCAUCUCAGUGGUUUUUUUCUUCACUUUCUGCAAUACUAAUGCAUAUGUUUUGAAUACUCAUUUACCUCAGCUCCUAACUUUAAGCAGUCAAUGCACCAGAAAGUGCAACAAAAUAAGACAAAGGGCUGUUUUUAUCACUGUAUAUCCAUUAGAUUCGGCCUCCCUAAAUUCAGUAAACACUACUUCAAAGAAAGUCCGAUUUAUCACAGCAGUAUUUUGGUUUGAUCAAACCGGUUCUUAUCUAUCAUCAUUGAAUGCUAGACUGGAAAUUAUUUCCUCACAAAUACUUAGUUUUUUUUCUGUCUGAUGUUGAUGACUCUUUAUCCAUCCUCUAAGGUGGCAGUUCUGUUUGAUAUCUGAUUUAAAACUUCAUAAGAUACUUUAUUGACCUUACCACCCUAUCAUUGUGUUUUCUUGUUUGGACUUUUUUUUUUUUUUUUUUUUUACGCUCCCCUUCUCUUGUAGACAUACUUGAAUGGUUUUUUUUUUUUUUUUAAAUUUUUUAUCCAUCAUUGACUCUUAUCUCACCACUUUUUUAGAAAGAUUAUAAAGAAUAGGGCUCUCAGAACUGCAAGUGUGAAAAGUAGUCUUAUCAUUACCGGACUCAUUUUUGGUACUCAAACUGGUUCUCUCCCUCUAACUUUUUUUCUUUUCUUUACAAAACUAACGAUUGUUGUUCUUUUAUAUUUUUAUAAUAAUUUUCAAGUUCUCAAUUUUUGUAAAAGUAAUUAUCAUGAUCGAACCUGAAAGAGUGUAAAUAUAUGUAACAAUUUUCAAAUGACUUCUUUUUUAUUUUUUUAAAAAUAAUUUUUAUCCCACUACCUAUGUAAUCCUCGUCGUUUUUUUUUUUUUUUCUGUAAGCCUUUUUGAAAAUGUGCAACUGUACCGCAAGAUUUAGGAGGGUUAUUUUCUUUUUUAUAGACUGUCGCUCAUUAAAUUUGAAUUUGCCUUAUUAAAAUUUGUUACUGUCCACCCGCUCUUGAAAUAACUUUGACAGGAAAUCUAAUAUUUCCAUUUAGAAAGCUUGAGGUUACCUGUAUUGAUAGUAAUACAUUUUCAAGAAGUUACCACUUAACAUGACUUUUCUCCUCUAUGUACAUAAUUUUAAGCUGAUGGAGUGCAUCAAUUGAAAGUAAGCUUCCAUCAUCGUAAGAGGGCAAAUGAAAAUCCUCCUAUUUAUCUUAAGCGCAGGUUGUAAAGGUCAAUCCGAAACCAGUGUUUGAUAAUUGCAUUCAAGUCUAAGAUCUGCAAUUUACAGAGUUAUUUCCUUCAUCCUGAUAGAUUUUACUGAAUUUUUGUAGACGGAACACAUAUGUUUCUGAAAUUCCACUCAAAAGGACCUUCUUUUAAUUGACUUUGUCAAGUUAUACUACCAAUUUGUUCUUCUCUAUGCAGUUAGGUAAUGAAAUUUUUCUUGGCCACCCGGAAAAAUUUCAAGUUCGCUCAUAGGGUGGCCUUUCCAAAAUUUUAAGGGGCUUCCUUGGCCCAGACAAAUAUUAAGUCUCACAUUUAAUUUGAUAGAACAUUAGUGGGGAGGUUUUUCAACGUGUUUUUCAUCUUAUGUAAAAUGAAAAAGGUGUGAAGAACUUUAGCAAGCUUUAUCGGACUGUAAGAUUGGAUCCAUCUUUUCGUAGACUAAAGAACAUAACUUAAUUCCAGAAAUGUAUAUUUUUCUCUCUCAAAUGCAUUUUUACCAGAAAUCUAUUGGUCAUUUCUGACCGAAAAUUUGACUGAUUAAUCUUCAAAUACACACCGAAAUCAGCAAUAUUUUUGACAGAAAUUGCUUUGUUUUAUUCAUGUGAAAAAGUAUUUGCUUGACUUAAUAUUGCAACCUUGGAAUGGAGUUAUGUUCCAUUGUCAGGGAAAUGACGAGAAGUGAAAAAUUUUCAAUGAAUAAGAAUCUGCCCAGGCAUUUUAAUUUUCAAUGAACCAGAACUACCCCGAUUAAGUAUCCUUCAGAUCAUCAUUAAUUGAUACUUCAUCUGUUGGCUGCUUUUUAAUAAGUAGUCUUAUUUGACAUACUUCGAUUUUUACUCCCUCUAAGCUUGUUAGUUUUUUUUAAAUUCAAUGGAAAGUUUGAGAGCAUUAAAACGCAUAAUCAGCAGUAACAUAUAGCAAUGAAACUUGUAGGUAUGAUUGAAUGGUAGCAUUGAAUUAUUAUUUAAAGAUAAAGUUGUUCUUUGCAUAGCCAAUUCUCUUUCUUGAAAUGAAUCAGUUUUUUUAUACGUGCAUCUUUGGUAGGAGUUCAACUCGCUAAUUUCCUCUGAGCGUAAUUGAAUCGGGUCAUUCUCAGAAAGAAUUAAGCACCAGAAAUGAAAAUACAAAAAAAAAUAGUUGAAAAGUAUUAAUGGACCUGUUUUAAAUCUUAAGAUUGUUCCAUAUUUUGAUAAUUAAUGAAUCUUUUUUAUACUGUAAAGCUCUGAAUUGGUCGAUCUGAACGGUUUUUAAUAUUCCUCUCUUAUUCUCAUCUCUGACGCUUUCAGUCCUUCUAAGGUAGACCGAUACAAUUAACGAUUAUUGCCUCUUGGAGUAUACUGCUAAUUAGAAAUCAAAUAUGCCUUUAAACAUAUUUUUAAUUUUAAAUUCCGUGGAUACCCAGGAGUACUUUACUGACAAGCUAGAACAGGCUCACUUAAACUAACUGCCAGUCAGUAUUUUUUUUUUUUUUUGUUGACGGUGACAAAAAUAAAGAAGGGCCUCGAUACAUAUUUUCUUUUUUCACUCAAAUCCUACCAUCAUUCACUUGGAUAUUGUUUUUGCUCCUCUCAGUAAUUGAAAAUGACAAGUCAACAAUGACCUCUACUUAGGAACGGAAUGAAUUCUUCAAGAAUUAAUACUGCCCUGACUAUAUUUCUCAGUUCUCAUUUGUCCUGUUUCAUUUCAGCUAACUUUUUAUCACCAGGACUUUGUCUUGUUUGCGUAACUGUUCAUUUUGUAUUAUUCCUUCAAAAACCCCCUGUUUUUACCCCUAUUCAUAGCCAAUUUUGUUUUCCUUAAUUAGUUAGUAAAAUUUCCAUGUUUUUUACCGAGUUUGAUUUUGUCCAAUUAUCAAUUAAUUUAAUGAAAAAAAAAUAAAUAAAUAAAAAACCGUGUAAAUAAAUUACUGUACGUAUGUAAUUUUUCAUUGCUAAAUUAGUGCUAUUAUGAAGUAUUAAAUCCUGUGAAAUUUAAUUUGUGCAUAAUAUAGUUGAUUUGAUAACUCAAA